AUUAUUAAUUUGACUUUUCAUUUUAUUCCAUGGAUCGUAACGUUACAUUUAUCACGUGUUGUCUUUGAAACUGAAGUAUAUAAGGAACAGUACUAUGGAUCCUUAUAUCUAUUUAUAAAGAUUUAACGUAAAUCUAAUUGUAUAAUAAAUUCUGUUAAGUAUUAACUACUUAAAGUAGAAACACUAUUCUUUCAUUCAUGAAUUAUGUAUAAUCCUUAUUUUAUAUGCAAAAUGAAGUUAAUGUGCAAUGAGUCGAUAUGAUAUGCAUCGUUUUAAUGUACAUUUCAUUGGACUCGUAAUGCAUUCAGAUUUAUAUAGAACGGUUUUGUCUUAAAUGUGGUGAAACUUGAUGUACCAUUAAAAGUAUCGUUUGAAAAAGAUUUCCAUUUGAUCAAUGUAGCAUUCAUCUCGGCUGAAGUUAAUCAUGUUCAUCUUUCAUGGUGGCAAGAUGUGGCUCAGACAGCUUUGUAAUGCUAACAUGUACAGACCUGCUUUAAGAGCUAAGAGAGGACUGAUGUCGAGCCAACAGGAUAGCCACAUCGUUUGGAUAGAUACAGAGUUAACAGGGCUUGAUCUAGAUGCGUCAAAAAUCUUAGAGGUAGCAUGUCUGGUAACAGAUAGUGACUUGAAUGUUACAAGCCCUGAGUUUGAAGUUAUAAUUAAUCAACCUGAUUCAGUAUUAAAUAAUAUGGACGAAUGGUGCUUAACUCAUCACGGACAGUCAGGAUUAAUUAAAAAAUGUCAAGCAAGUACAAUAAUGGUGACCGAGGCGGAACAAAUGCUCCUAGAAUUUCUGAAAAAAUAUGUUCCAAAGGGCAAAUGUCCGUUAGCAGGCAAUACAGUAUACAUGGAUCGAUUUUUUCUUUCAAAGCAUAUGCCCAAAGUCAAUGAAUAUUUGCAUUAUAGAAUUAUUGAUGUUUCGUCAAUCAAAGAAGUUGCCAGGCGGUGGUAUAAAGACACGUACAGCAAUGCGCCCAAGAAGCAUUUAAAUCACCGAGCACUUGCAGAUAUUAAGGAAAGUUUGCAAGAAAUGAUAUUUUACAAACAACAUAUAUUUAAAUGAUAGUUAAAUGAGAUCAAAUUAUAGCCCUUGAGAUUUUAAUUGUAAAUAAAAAAUGGUUUGUAUUUACAUUAGAAAUAUUUUUAAGGUGAUAUAAUGAAAUAUCUUAUUAUUUAAUAUACUGGUGAGGUGUCCUUUCAUAUUUGUACUUACAAUUUUAUUUAAUCAAGUAUGAACACCUUCUAUGUCACAAAAGAAAACAUUUCUGAGAAGGACUUGUUUCUUAAUUUAAAAGACUUCCGAACGCAACAUAGACGAUACAUGAUUAAUUAUUUAUAAAUACCAAAUUGUUCGGAAAUAUUUAUUUUGUACAAUGAAUGAUCUCGUAGAUAUGUAACCACCAUUUUUACACGAUUGUAGCGAAAGGAAAUUAACAGACUGAAGGUGAUUUCAAAAUAUAUUGUGAAUACAAUC